AGGCAGGCCAUGUGUGCGCAGCAGAGCCCGCAGCGCUUGGCUGCCAGAUAAAGACGUUAUUGUUGUCAUCAUCGUGCCUUCGUCCCAGCCCUCCGCCUCCCGCGCUCCCACCCACCCUCGGCCAGCGGCUCCCAGGAACAAAACCCCCGUGCUCGGCCGAGGCUCACUCGUGGCGGAGCCGCGGUGCCGAGAGGAGGAGGAGGAGGAGGAGGAGGAGGAGGAGGGAGACAGCCAGAGAGAAACUUGUUUUGGGGAUUAAUAAGAGGCAGGAGGAGGGAGAGGUGCACACAGGGAAACAUCUGGACCAUGAAGGUGGCCUUCAGAUUGCUUCUCCCGCUUGUUCUUGUGCUGAUCUCAGAGGUGAGCGGGCAGCGGAGGAAGCCUCCACGGAAACCCACCCGCCCACCUCCCGAGUUCGUUGAGCCCGUCGAGCCCACGGAGCUGCCCCCACCCCUGCCGCCGGGUCCCCCCUCCGUCUUCCCCGACUGCCCCCGAGAAUGCUACUGCCCUCCAGACUUCCCCUCUGCCCUCUACUGUGACAGCCGCAACCUGCGGAAGGUCCCCAUCAUCCCGUCCCGCAUCCACUACCUCUACCUCCAGAACAACUUCAUCGAUGACCUCCCGGAGGAGUCCUUCAGGAAUGCCACGGGGCUGAAAUGGGUCAACCUAGACAACAAUCGCAUCCGGAAGGUGGACAGGCGGGUCCUGGAGAAGCUGGAAAACCUCAUCUUCCUCUACAUGGAGAAGAACCAGCUCAAGGAGGUGCCUUCCUUCCUGCCACCCAACCUGGAGCAGCUGCGUCUGAGCAGGAACCAGAUCUCCAAGAUCCCUGCUGGGGUCUUCAACAAGUUGGAGAACCUGGUGCUCUUGGAUCUGCACCACAACAAGCUGAGCGAUGGGGUCUUCAACAAAAACACCUUCAAGGGACUCAAGAACCUCAUGCAACUCAACCUUGCCCACAACAUCCUGAGGAAAAUGCCCCCCGGGGUGCCCAAUGCCAUCCACCAGCUCUUCCUGGACAGGAACAACAUUGAGGACAUCCCCAGUGACUACUUCAAGGAGUUCCCCAACCUGGCAUUCAUCCGGCUCAACUACAACCAGAUCUCUGACAAAGGGCUCCCCAAGAACUCCUUCAACCUCACCAACUUGCUGGUGUUGCACCUGGCCCACAACAAGCUCACCAACGUCCCUUUCAUCAGCCCCAAGCUGGAGCACCUCUACCUGAAUAACAACUCCAUUGAAAGUGAAAAUCAACGGGACGCAGAUCUGCCCCACCUCGCUGAUGUCCAUCCAGGACUUCUCCCCCUCCGACCUGGACAGCGUGCCCCGGCUCCGGUACCUGCGGCUGGAUGGGAAUCUCCUGAAACCCCCCAUCCCCUUGGACCUGAUGAUGUGUUUCCGCCUCCUGCAGUCCGUGGUUUUCUAACCCUGCCCCGCAGCGUGCCUCUCCCAGGACUUGGCUUUGCACAGAGACUCGACCCCCGUCAGUGUUUGACACGUGGGACCCUCUUUGCCUCCCUCUCCCCCUGCUCACAUCCCGCCUCCAUCCCUCUUGCCUUUCCCCCUUUCCUCCCCUGCAGUGGCCGUGGACACGCGUGGCGUGUGCAUCCUUGGGGACCACUGCCUGCAGGACAGCACCGCCUCGCAGCAGCCGUCCCAGCCCGCAGCAUCAGCCCGGGGGGGCUGCCACGCUCACCCCAGUUCCCUGCCCGUGGGCUCUGCCUUCUCUGCCCUCCCGCAGGCCAGCCCUGGAGCCGGCUCUGUUCUCUCCCCUUCCAUCCGGCAGAGUUUCGGGAGGUUGGAUUCGGUCCAAGCCAAAAAAGCGUCUCCGGAUGGAGCUGACGAGGGAGCCCAGGGGUCAACCUCGCUGCAGGACUUGGGUCGUGUCAUUGCUCCGGGUGGCCGCAGCCGCGACGGAGGUGGAGGAGGGAUGCCCUGGGCUGGUGUGCCGAGGCUGCAGAUGGCCACCCUGUAGCUUUAGGGUGCAGGGCGAUGCCAGCCGGGCGUACCGGUGGCGGGGUGGCUAAGGGGAGCAGGAUCCGUGCAGGAGGAGGGUGGCCAGGUCUGGCACCGACCGGCAGGACCGGCAACGACACCUCGUGGCCACGUCCCAGGGCCCCGGGGCCAGGGACACGCUCCUCCAGCCUGGGCCCUCCUGGGGGGCUUCGGCCUUGGCUCUGCAUUGCUCUGGAGGCCGAGGGGUUUAUUCCCUCGUGGUGGUGUGAAUUUGGCAGGAGGGAGCGGGGAGGCCGUCUGGCCCCUGCAGCUGGAGCUGGGCUCUCCUGCGCCCCGCGUGGGUUGCACCUUCCCCGCAGCAAUACGCCACGCAUCCUCCUUUGCAAGACCAGCCCCCUCCCAGGCUUUCAUCCCCACCAGACACCCCCCCCCCCCCAGCAGCAUCAGUCCAUGGUGCCGCAGCCCCCUCCCAGCAUCCUGCAUCCUCCCCGUGCUGCGGGGAUGCAGGGCUCAGCGCAUCGGCCGCGCUCUGCUGCUUCCAGCUAACCCCUGCUCUCCCCGAUGCAGGCAGGACCCAAAGCCUGUGGGACCCCAAUGCUGGUGACCUGUCCUGGGCAUGGGACCCCCUCCCCGGGGGCAAAGCAGAGCCGGCUGCUUUGCAGCGAUGCCAGUGGGACACUUGCUCUCGUAUUUAGGUACCUGGGGUCAGAUGCUGCCGUGGGUGUAAACUCGGGCUCUGCCGGGGCUGGGUUGACCCGUGAGAUCUCCGCUCUGUUCUCACAGUCCCUCUGCCCUCCUGCCUUGACUCCCACCUCCUGGAAGUUUUACUCUCUGUUGCUUUCUUGAACCAAACACAUGACUGGUUUUGCCUUUUUUUUUUUUAGAAAAAAGGAAAGAAAAAGAAAAAGGAAGAAUUACUCUUUUGGAAAAGCUAUUUUUUAUUCCCCCUUCUCCCUGUUUUCACAUGUAUUGCUUCCCUCUUUGAUAGCUGUACCUGCAUAUAUAGGGUGUCUGGGUUUAGGGGAGGUUAUACUCUUUUUUUCUUCCUGAUUCUCAGGAUUUAGAUUUAAGGCCGAGCAUUAGAGGAAAAAAAAAAAAAAAAUCCAAC